CUGUGUCAUCUCAACCUCUUCCUUGUAGUGCUGUCGUUUGUCUGGUGUGGGUGAGAAGGACAGAAACAGACACUGGAGCAGGGUCAGGCCUAAAAAGGAGCUUCCUAUCAGGGCUCCCCAUAUGCAAAACCCAACUGCGAGCCAUAGGACAAGGGGGUUUAUUGGAUAUGGCCUCCAAAACAUUUAACAGAAUGAAGAAGAAGAGAUAUUUAUAGCUAUGAUACAGUCCUCAGAGAUCACUGAGAGGAACCAAGAAUGGGAUACUUCAGGAAAGAACAUUGAGGACAUUAUGGAGGUACUCCAAGCUGCUGAUCAGUUGUCAACAGAUAAUGUCUUUAAAACUCUCAAGUCGCUAAAAGUUAAAAUCCUAAACAACAAGAUGGUACCUCCACUAUGCCAGAAGGUGACCGAUAUCUUCGUUGACUACCUGAGGACCACGUUAAUCUUUCUUUUCCAGAAGCCCGAGGGAGAACUGGAGGAGCUGUGUACUAUGGUCCUAAUGGCUCUGGGGUUCCAGUCUCCAGGAAUGGUCAUCUUUAAGCUGUGGGACAGAUGGCACAACACCUUGCCCCCAAACUGCCUCCUGACUGCAGUGGGGAGACUCAUCCACCGCCAGGAUGCAGCUUCAUAUGUUGGGGUCACAUGGGAAUAUAUCCUACGCCUUCUGAGGAUGGCCCAAACAGAGGAUGAUAUGUUGGCAUUAUGUCAUGUGCUCAAAGGACUGGUCAUCAGUGCCCGGAAACAUGUGGAUUUGUCCACUACAGAUGAUGAAAUAAUGGACAUCACAAAAGAGGCUGUGUCCUUCAAGGCUUAUCUCACCCUCAGGCUUCUCUUCAAUCGUUGGUCCCUAAAGACCAACAACAAGGUGACAGAGCAAGCUAUGGUAAUAAUCGGUCACCUCUUCUUCCUCAUGCCAUCCUCCAAACUCAAGAAUGAAGUGAACCGGUUAACCCGAUGGCUUAUGACUUUGGUAUCUGCAAAAGUGACACCUUUCUACAUUUCCCAGUGUAUUUACCAACUUAUGGAUGCUCUGGCUCUUAGUGGAUGUGGAGGUAUAAACUUGGAAUCCCAGCUGGAAAAUAUUACAGACAUGCUGUUCAAUCAGCUGAGUGAAACAGUCCAGGAGUCAGAGCCUCACUCUGCACGGAACCAUAUCUUUGCCCUGAAGGCUUUCUACACCCUAUCCAAGUUAUACAAUGAUCAGGUGGUAUUCUUAAUACAAAAGACCAUGAAAACCAGUGAUCCAGCCAAGAUAGUAUCAGCCCUUCAAGUUUUCAUGGAUGUGUUUCCAGAAGUGCCCCAGACAGAGCAACUGAAGAAUGAAGUGAUGCAUUCCGUCAUCAUCAUGAUUCAGGACGAUCUCAAACCAGUACGGAAGGCCCUCCUGCACUUCAUCGAGAUGCUGGGCCGGCAUGACUACUUGGCCGUGCCCCAGGGGAAUAUCAUCAUCAACUAUGUCAUCAAGCUCAGCGAGUCUGCCUGCUCUAAUGAAGAGGACAUCCAACGAAUGUGUUCCGAAAUCCUACAGAUGGUGUCCUUGCCCAAACUGAUCACGUUGGCAUGCCAGCCCAGCAACACCUUGGCCUUCGUGCUGCUGAGUAAGAUAGCCACAAACAUGGCUCUGAAGGCCCGGUCCCUGGGCCAGGUUCCCUAUCUAAGCAGCUUCCACCUCAGCCCUACCCAGUUCAUCUCCCCACAGAAACUUCUGACCCAUCUUGUGGUGUUUUCCCUGAAGUCCUAUAGAGAAAGGGAGCUUGGGAUAAGCUCUCUAAGGCUACUACAUGCCCUGCAUCCUAUCACCUCCUUGCACCCUGUUAUCAACUCAAAUGUGGGCCAGCUGUGGAUGAAGGAGAUCCCCCAGAUGUUGCAGAUUCUGGAUGAUCACACUGAGAAGAAUCUGGAUCAGGAGGAGUGGGAGGACAGGCUGCUCCAGUUUUCAAGUCGGUCGUUAGUGGCCAUCAAUGAUGACAGCUGGCUGGAGCAACUCAUCAAGGUUGUCUUGGAGAGGAUAAAUUAUUUCAGCGAUGGUGAGGAGAAGGAUUUCCUGUAUAAAUUCUUUGGAUUUACCUUGCGGACCUCAAGGAAUAUGAAACUGGUGAAGAUGAUGCUUUCCUCUAUCCUACAAAGUGUCCAUGAAGACCUGCAGGAGAGGGAGGGCAUUGCUACAGCACUGAGUAUCGUGUCCAUGAAGUAUCUGAAGAUAGUCCUGGACCAACUUCAAGAGUACAGUGCUAUCCUCAUGGACAAGGGCUCAUCAUUCAUCCUCAAACUAAUGAAGGAACAUCAGCAAAGGGAAUGGGGGUUGGUCUGUAACAUCAUCUACUUAAGCUAUAGCAAGAUUAUUUUCAAGAGCAAGGGAGGCAUCGUCACACAUUUGGACAACAUCCUGGCUUUGGCCCUCCAACACUACCGCAACUGCAUUGUUGAAAAGGAUAAGAACCUGAAGCUGGAGUACCUGGGCGCCUUGAGCAAGCUAACAAACAUCAUUAGCAGCCAGCCUAUGGCCUUUCAGUUCAAGUUCGUUCAGAAACUAGAAAUUGUAACCUUCAUGGUGGAGUUAAUCAAGGAGGAGCCAUUGAAUUCCAUCUCCAGCUCCGUUAGGCUGAGGGCGAUGAAUAUCAUCACUGACUUCAGGAACCUCAGUCCCCUCACAGAGGUGGAAGAAAGAACAGAUCUUCUCCGAACAUGCUGUAAGAGUGUGCUCUGCCUGCCACCCACAGAAGUUUUGCUGAAGGAGGCAUCCAGUUCCCAGGAGGCCGAAGGCACUGUGGAUUUGUACAGGGAGACCCUGCAAUCCCUUCUAAAGCUAAUGGAGACACUUAUUUUUGAGAUGCCUUCUCGGAUCCAGAACUCCUUGGAGGUUCUGGACACAUGGCUGAAUUCCCAAAAGGACAAUGAGAGGGAACGGGCCAUGUGGUGUGCUGCCCAUAUUCUUGGCUUCACUGCAAAAAUGAAUAACGUUGGAAUGGACAUUGAGUUCACUCGGCUGGGGCGUUUGGUAAGGCUGCUGGCCAUGCGCUGCCAGGACCCAGUGGACAACAUCUGCUUCCUGUCUGCACAGGCUGUCUACAACCUCUACUGUAUCCUCCUGCUGCAAAAGCAGAUGGGAAGGAAAAAACAGGGCUUGUGGGAAGAAGAGGGCACGAGUGAAGUCUAUAGCCCCAACGUGUUCUAUAACAACACCUUUGAGAUUGCCAAGGCCUUUGCAGAGUACUUCACGCAGGUGCAGCUCACCACCCUGGUGCUGACGGCCAUGGAGGGCCUGACCGACAGCAGGGCCAAGGUGUCUCUGGCGACGGCCCAGCUGAUGAGCGCGGUCAUGAAAGAGCGGGGCCGAGACAUGAUUAAGAUCGAGGAAAUCGUGGAGGGGAUCCUGGACCGGCUCAACUCCCAGCUGGAGCCCAGCACAAAGGAGGAGGUUGUGCGGGGCAUGUGCUUGCUGGCCGGCAACAACACCCAGAGUGUUGUGCCUUUGCUUCUCAGCAAGUCCCUGCCUUGGGAUAGAACCAGUCUGGCCCUAUGGAAGGCAUUUGGCACUCAGCGAGAGACCACGAUCAGCGUCCUGCAGCUGCUCAUAGGCAUCCUGGAAAAACCCCACUCCAGAGAGGAGACUGAGGAGAUGGCCUUCCAACCUGUGGCGGUGACAUGUGCCCUGUGUGAGAUGCUCUCAGGGUCCCUCUGCCAGGAGGCUGUCCAGGAGCUCUACCCUCGGCUCUUGAUGGCUAUAUUAUGUCAUCUCUGCUGGGUGAUUGAGCAAAAUGUCCCCCAGAAGAUGGUGGUCUAUAGCAAGGAGGGGGGCCCAGGCAGCAAGAGCAAGCCCUUUGACUCCACGAGUUGUGCCCUGGAAGUCGUGAAGUUGGUGUUCUUGGCUGCUGCAUAUGAUGGAGUGGUGACCUAUGCAAAUCAGCAUCACUGCUGGGACCUUCUGUCCUGCCCCAGGUUUUACUACAUAGGGAUCAUGGACCUGACAAGCAACUGCUGGCUUCCUGUGUCCCACCCCAGCGGCAUUGUGAAGACCUGUGAGCCUGCCGUCCUGCACCGGGUCCUCAACCUUGUCAGGAACUACCUCUAUAGCUCCAGCUACCAUCGGAGGAUCCUGGCCAGGACUUUCUAUGCACAGCUCCUCUGGCACCGGUCAGUGGCUCAGACUCUGGGACAAGACUUUCUGAGCAAUCUGAUCAAGUGGGUCAAAGACCCCAACCUCAUUAUGAAAGAAGUCGGGCUUCGUGGAAUCAGUAACCUGGCACUGCACCCAGGACAAUCAGAAUCGCUGAAGAGCCAGGUUCCAUUUUUGCGAGACUUGCUGAAGAAUGAAGCACGAGUAACAGUGCAGGCAGUCAAGAGCCUACGGAACAUCAUCUGUCAUGGGAAAGGAGAGGACACGAAGGUGGUUUUUUGCAGCAUCUCCAAGCAACUUCGUCCACUCAUCAAUGACGAGAGGGACCAGGUGAAGAUCUCGGCCACCUCUGCCCUGGGCUACAUGUUGCGUCACAUUUACAAAUUCAAGCCUGGACUCUCCACCAGAAGAGAGAUCUACAGUUUCCUAGUCCCGCUGCUACUUAGCUUUCAGGAUAACAACCCUGAGGUAGUCAAGGCCUGCGGAGGGGCCCUGACAGAGUGGACCACUGUGAUCGGCUGGUCCUCCCUCACCCAGAUAUUCAAGCAUGCCACCCUCAGCGAUCACAUCCACGUGUUGGAAGAGACGUGCAAGUACCUGGUGAGCACAAGCAAAACCCAGCUGGUGGGGGACUUAUUGUCCCAGAGCUUUGACUUCCUGAAGAGCCCUCAGUCCUUCCUAAGGGCAGCUGCCAUCAACUUAAUAGGAUUAACAACUAAGAAGCUAAACAUGACUCAAAUAGAUGAUGAUGAUGUGGAGGUCAUACAGAAUGCUGUUGGAAGUCUGAGGAAUGAUCCUGUGGAGUCUGUGCAGUCUUUGGUCAAUACAACUCUGAAAAAAAUUGAUGAAUAUGUUAACCCCGGGUUUGUCGCUACUUCCAGGUUGAGUCAGCUGAGUAAUAACAUCUUCAAAGUCACAGGCAUGAAAACCCCAAAAAGAAAGAAGCGGCUGUUUAAGAGUGUCAAACGGGAAAGAGAUGACAAUCAGAAAAUCUGGAAGUGGCUUCAAAGCCCUCUGAAUCUACUGCGCAAGCGGUCCAAUAGGAGGGUGAAAAAUAGUCCAGUCAUAAUAGGCAAUUCAGAGAAAUAGUCAGUAUGGUCACAGGUCCCGACAUCUGGAAGUCCACCUGCAGAGGCCGGGGCCGCCUAAACUAAGUUGCUCCAACUGCUCUGGGACUAAAGCCUUUUCCAUUUGUUUGUCCAGAUGUCAGGACUUUGCCUCCCAGUAGCUCUCCGACCAUAGUCCCACUGGAUGGGCUACUUUAGGAUUACACCCAAGGAGGCACUUUUGAUCUUAGAAGACAACAGUGUGUUUCUGGUCCUUUGUCUCCCUUGGGGAUUUCUGGCCACCAGCAUAUUCAUUUGUCAAUAAAACUUAUUUUC